GGAUUGGUACGCGUCCCCAGCUCCACUACCUUACCAUUCACUCUUUUUUUGAUCGGGUUACCAUUCACUUUUAAUUCACUACCUGCGUACAUACAUGUCUACGUGGUGAAAAACACGUAUCGACGCCUCACGGGAUCAAAAAUUUGCUUCCCUCUCCGCCGCCCCACCGCACCACAACACUCUAAAACCCUCGCCACCCUUCCCCGCUCGCCCAAGCGCCGCCGCUCGCCGGAGGGUGUACACCGCCUCUCCUCCGCGAUGUCCUCCUCAUCCGGCGCUCUGCCGCAGCCCCGUCGCGGGCGUCCCGGACCCUGGCUCCCGGCGCCACGCCCGCAGCCGCAAGCGCAGCCCCUCUCCUGGGCCAAGCGCACGGGAUUCCAGUCCCGUGCAUCCGGCGAGUCCCUGCCCUCCGCUUCGGCUCCAAACUCUGGUCAGGCCCCCCUCCCCCGCCCCGCUGAGGCCCCUGCCGAUCUGGAGUCCGGCCCGGCCCGGCCCAACUCCGCCCUUCCGCCCCCUCCUGCCACCGCCGCGGGCAAUGCCGAGCGGCGGCAGCCCCCACCGCCGCCGCCUCAGGCAAGGACGCGGAGGAGGGACUCCGAUGGCGGAAGGCCGAAUGGACAGGCGGCCGCGGCAUCGCUUCCGCAGCUACAGGAGGAGGAGGAGGCGCCGGAGCGGCCAGUCCAUGUGAAGUACGAGCUCCGUGACACUCCUGGAAUAUUUCCUCUAGUGAUUUACGGAUUCCAGCAUUACAUCUCCAUGAUUGGCUCGAUCAUCCUGAUCCCUCUCGUAAUGGUUCCUGCUAUGGGCGGCUCUGCUGAUGACAUGGCAGCGGUGGUGUCCACAGUGUUGCUCGUCACAGGAAUGACCACAUUGCUGCACAUGUCCAUUGGAACAAGGCUGCCACUUGUGCAAGGGCCAUCCUUUGUAUACCUUGCUCCUGCGUUCGCGAUCAUCCACUCCCCUGAGUUCUUUGGGCUCAAUGACAAUAAAUUUAAACACUUAAUGAAGCACCUGCAGGGAGCUAUAAUAAUAGGAGGCGUAUUCCAAGUGAUUUUGGGAUAUACAGGCCUCAUGUCACUAUUUCUAAGGUUGAUAAAUCCAGUUGUCGUCUCACCAACGGUUGCAGCUGUUGGACUUUCAUUUUUCAGUUACGGGUUCACUAAAAUAGGGACAUGUAUAGAGAUGGGGAUUUUGCAAUUGUUGAUGGUGGUUAUUUUUGCGCUUUACCUCCGGAAAAUAAAGUUAUUUGGCUACAGAGUGUUUCUAAUUUAUGCGGUUCCUCUUGGAUUAGGAAUCACAUGGGCCGUUGCUUUCGUUCUCACAGCAACGGGUGUUUAUAGCUACAAAGGUUGUGAUGCAAAUAUUCCUGCCUCAAACAAUGUAUCAGCCUUUUGUCGGAAGCAUGUAUUGAAGAUGAAAUCUUGCCGUGUGGACACUUCACAUGCCUUAAAAUCUUCACCCUGGUUCAGAUUUCCAUAUCCAUUGCAAUGGGGCACUCCAGUUUUUAGUUGGAAAAUGGGCCUUGUGAUGUGUGUCGUAUCAGUUAUUGCAUCUGUUGAUUCUGUUGGUUCCUACCAUGCAUCAUCUUUGUUUGUGGCCACAAGACCACCAACAUCUGGAGUCGUUAGCAGGGGUAUUGGUGUUGAAGGUGUCUCUACAGUCUUGGCUGGCCUUUGGGGAACAGGAGUUGGGUCAGCAACGAUAACAGAGAACGUGCACACAAUUGCUGUGACUAAAAUGGGUAGCCGAAGGGCAGUUGGAUUUGGUGCUAUUUUACUUGUACUGCUCUCUAUUGUUGGAAAAGUUGGUGCCUUCAUUGCUUCUAUUCCUGAUGUUAUAGUUGCUGCUCUCCUUUGCUUUAUGUGGGCCAUGCUUUGUGCUCUUGGCUUGUCCAAUCUUCGUUACAGUGCCACAGGAAGCUCCAGAAACAGUAUUAUAGUUGGGCUUGCUUUGUUCUUGUCCCUAUCAGUUCCUUCAUACUUCCAGCAGUAUGGUGUACAUCCUAGUGCAAACUCAUCAGUUCCGACUUACUUUCAGCCAUACAAUGUUGCAUCUCAUGGACCUGUCCACACUGGAUUUGGUGGGGUGAACUAUGUCCUCAACACGUUACUGUCACUCAAUAUGGUCAUUGCGUUUCUGGUUGCUCUCAUACUUGACAACACAGUCCCUGGUGGCCGCCAAGAGCGGGGGUUGUAUGUAUGGUCAGAAGCAGAGGCGGCAAGGAGAGAAUCAGCAGCCAUGAAAGACUAUGAACUUCCUUUCAAGAUUGGGCACGCGUUCAGGUGGGUGAAGUGCGUUGGCCUGUAGCACGGUUUUGUGUAGUUUGUAGCUUGGGCCUAGUGCAUGAACAUCUCAAGUGAAGGAACCGGUUAGCAUGAGUCAUGACUGACUGUUUCGCGAGCAAGCUAGUAGUGUAUAUCCUAUAUUACUCCUUAGGUAGGUUAGCUUGUCCCGAUCAUCUAGAUUUUCAGAUUUUUUGAGACUACUGUAUAUCAUCACUGACGGUUUCUGCUCUUCUCCUGGUAUUUAGCUGGUUUUAGGGAUAUCAAUUUGUACAGGCGAUAGCCGAUAAAAAGUCUGAGCUACACCUGAGCUCUGUCUAGUUUUGUAUUAACUUAGCUUCACAGGAAUCUGAAAAUCUGAUAUUUUCAGUUGGUUGGUAGUUACCGCAGAAUCAGCACUUGCAUAAACCCUACCGGGAAUUCGGGCUGCCAUGCUGAAGUUGCGUCCCAGGUGUACUGCGUUUAAGGCCGGUUUCCAUACAGGCCUGUAUAUGUAAUUAUGCCUCGUCACUUUGCU